CUUACCUUGGGGCCGAACCUCGUUGUUGUUCCUCUGUUCGUUGAAAAUUUUGCACUAUUUCGAUCACUUUAUCUGUGUGAGCUAAGAAACUCGCAUUUUCCUCUUACACCGCUUCGAACCCUAACGCGUUUGAUCUUCAACACUCUCGCCGGAUCAAUUUUGAGCUUCAAUGUUACCUUCUCAAUGUCACUGAGUAAAUGAUAGUUGCUCAGAAGGGUGUUUUUGGACAUGCUAUUUGGAGAAUCUUUUUCCUGAUCUUCUUUGAUUCAUUACGGCUUCUUAUAAAUAGUUAUAAGCUGAAAAGUUGUGAGCUGGGUCAUCUAUGCCUGGAAACGAGGUAGGAGACAGGGUCCAUAAUUUUUUUGGUCAAGAAAACUUGUCCCAGGGUCAGUAUCACUCACAGGCAGUUGACGGGAACUGGCCAGGGUUAAGCAACAAUUUGUGGGCCGGUAGCCAGAGACCAACUGGUGGACCUUUUAUUUCCAAUUUGAAGAAUUUCAAUGUACAACAAUCAGAUUCUGAACAGGGACAUGCAAGUUCUCUACAUUUGCGGCAUGGUUUGAACCUGGCGCAAUCAAAUCUGAGGCCUGACAUUGGCAGAAAUCAAACCCCAAACCAACAAUCAGCUGUUAAUGGCUAUAUGCAGGGACAUCAGGUUUUCCAGUCUAGGCAAAAUGAAGCGAACAUUUUGGGAGUGGAUACAGGGGCUGAUUUACAUGGCAUAUCAAGUCUAUCAAGAGGAAUAAAUGUGCUAGAGUCACAACAAGGGGCUGCUCUUGACCACUAUAAGAAAAACUUGACUAGGACUGAUGCUUCAGAGUCUCCUGUCAAUUAUGAUUUUUUUGGAGGUCAACAGCAAAUAAGCAGUCGACAUUCAGGCAUGCUUCAGUCUUUUCCUAGACAGCAGUCAGGGAUGAAUGACAUGCAGCUUUUACAACAACAAGCAAUGCUCAACCAGAUGCAAGAACUUCAAAGGCAGCAACAAUUUCAUCAACUAGAAGCGAGGCAACAGAGUUCCAUGGCUCCAGCUUCCUCCAUUUCGAAACAGACUGUUGCAAACCAGUCUGCAUCUCUCAUUAAUGGCAUUCCCAUCAAUGAGGCAUCUAACCUUAUGUGGCAGCCUGAAGUUAUGGCUAGUAAUGCAAAUUGGCUCCAGCGUGGUGCAUCUCCAGUUAUGCAAGGAUCCCCUAAUGGUUUUGUGUUAUCCCCUGAACAAAUGCGCCUGAUGGGUUUGUUUCCUAAUCAGGCAGAUCAGUCUCUCUACGGGCUUCCAAUUUCUGGUUCAAGAGGUGCACCUGGCCUGUACUCUCAUGUUCAAGCAGACAAAUCAGCAAUGCCUCAGGUUUCUAUCCAAAACCAGUAUUCUCGCGUUCAAGGGGACAAACAAUCAUUACCACCCAUAUCAACCAGUGUUAAUGCAUUUCCAGCUCAUCAAUAUGCUGCAAUGUCAGAUCAAACUAACUCAAAUGAUGGAAAUUCAGUUUCGAGACAAGAUAUUCAAGGAAAAAGCAUGUUCAGUUCAAUUGCUCAAGGUAUUAAUAGUGGACUAAAUAUGGAGAACUUGCAGCAAAUGAAUUCUGAGCAAAGAGAUGUACCAAUGGAAGAUUUUCACUCAAGGCAGGAACUUGCUGGAUCUUCUGAGACUUCACAGGACAAGAUGAUAGUGCAGGUUCCUCCACAUAAUGUGGCUACCCUAGAUCCAACAGAAGAAAAGAUUUUGUUUGGAUCUGAUGACAACCUUUGGGAUGGAUUUGGCAGGAAUUCAGCUUUCAAUAUGCUGGAUAGUUCAGAUGGUUUUAGUGGACUUCCGUCUCUUCAAAGUGGGAGUUGGAGUGCACUUAUGCAGUCUGCUGUAGCUGAAACUUCUAGUAGUGAAAUGGGUAUACAGGAAGAAUGGAGUGGUCUAAGUUCCCGGAAUACUGAACGAUCAUUGCCAAAUGAACGACCUUCACCCAUUGAUAGCAGCAAACAGCCAUCAGUUUGGGCUGACAAUAACUUGCAGUCAGCCCCCAAUAUAAACUCAAGGCCUUUAAUUCGACCAGAGGAUCUUAGCAGGCCCAAUUCCACUGUAAACUAUUCUGGUCUUCCUGGAUUUCAUCAGCCAAGUGCUGAUACUGCACAGGAACAACACAACAGAUUACAUGCAGAUUCUAUUCAAAGAUCAAAUCCCCAAAUUUUAGAAAGAGGUAAAUGGUUAAAUUGCAGCCCUCAGCAAAAGCCAGUGGCAGAAGGAAGUCAUGUUUAUAGAAAUGCUGCUAAUUCCUCAGGUUUAGAAAUAAAUGAAAAGGUUAUUUCAGGUUCUUGGAACCAUCAACAGAUGUUGUCGUCCCCUAAUAGAAGCAGUGAGCCAUUCAAUAGAUCUAAUGGAUGGAAUGCUAUCAAAUCAGCCCCACCAGAUAACAGCCUUACUCCUAAAACUCGUGAAAAUGAAAGUGUGUUUCUGCCCCAUCGUGAUAUGAGCCAAGUUCCUACUGCGUGGGACCCGGAUUCUAAUAACAAUUCAUCUACUGCGUUGGAACAUGUAAAGUCUGCAGGUAAUAUGCAGGUAUGCGGGGAAGAUUCUGGUAUGAAUGGUAUUGUCGCCAUACCAAGUUCUGGUGCUACAUGGGUCAGCCGGGCCGGCAACCAUCAACAUUCUAAUGUUGACGCAUGGAGGCAUGCAGAUUCUGCGGGGAACUAUGGAAGAAAUGAAGGUGCAGGGAAGUUUAGGCAUCAUAUGGAGAAGAAUCCUUUUGUUUUGGAGUCAUCAAAGGACGAGAAGUCAGAAGGAGAGGCACGUGAUAUGGAAAACUCAAAUAAAAAGGAUAAAUCAGCUGAUGGAAUUGAGUCUAAUUCUUCCUUUCACAGAGCUAGUGGUGUGAGAGAAAAUCCCGGUUUUGAGGGAAGUGAUUUGCAGAGCCCAAAGUUACCUGGUCAGGGAAAUCGAAGACCUGUAACUCGUAAAUUUCAGUAUCACCCAAUGGGGGAUGUUGGUGUUGAGAUAGAAUCUUAUGGAAACAAACACAUCGUUAGUUCACAGCCUAUGCCCCAUCAACCCUUUGGAGGACUUAAAGGCCGGGAACAGAGCUACCCCGGGCAGUCAAAAUACGGUCAUUUUGAUGAGAACUAUCCUGAAACAGAGAAGAGGCAGGAACUUGCUUUUCAGGGUGACAAAAAUAGCUUUGAUGAUAAUGCUUCAAAAAGUGAGCUGUCCAGUCACGUACCAAAAGCAUCGAUGCCAUUUGAUAGAAAUGUUGGUAAUUAUGCCUCAAACCAGACUGCUCCACCCAGUCAAAAUAUUCUUGAGCUUCUUCAUAAAGUGGAUCAGUCAAGGGAGCAUGGCAUUGCAACAAAUACGAGCACUUCUAACAGCCAUUUAUCUUCCAGGGUGAUGGAUAACGAAUCUUCUGAUGGGUCUAUUGUACAUCCUCAACGAAAUCAAAGUUCUUCGUCUCAGGGGUUUGGUUUGCAAUUGGCUCCUCCUACACAGAGGCUUUCAAUGGCGUCUUCUCAUGCUACACCACACGUUGCAUCUGAGAUGGUAGAUAAGGGUCAUACUUGGUUGGGUGGUACUCAGACAUUUCCUUCUCGAGAGUCAUCUCAUGAAAUUAGAAAUAGCAUCGGUAGUUCCUCAGGGCAAAUUAUUGAUAAAGCUUCGCAGUACAAUGCACUGGGAAAUAUUCAACAGGGUUUCACAUCUGGCUUUCCUUUCUCCAGGAUCCAUGCACAAAAUCAGAAUAUGGCUAAUCUUGGUGGACUAGUAGCAAAUACCCAAUGUGAUAAUGCAAGUUUCAUUGAUCGAGUGGCUUCCACAAAUCAAGUAGAUGAAUAUUGUGAAAGAGCCCAAACUAGUCAAUCGGCAGUGUCAUCUGCUCAAGACAUUCCCAAGCUGAGUGGUAUAAAUCAAGCCCGUCCUGGAGAUCCCACCAUGCAAAUUUCAGCAUUGGAGGCUGGCACAGCUCCUCAUCCUUCUGUAACAUUUAGUGCAUCUCUACAUGGUACCUCGUCAAAAGUUUUACGCAAUGUAUGGACUAGUGUUUCUGGCAUGCAACAGCCUAAUCCUUUGAAGGCUCCAUCCCAUCCCCAGCCAAUUAUUAACUGUGGAACUGCAACAGGUCCACAGAAGCCACAUAUCGAAGAUUCAGAGAAUGAUGCUUAUGAUUUCUCUGGGAAACAGAUUUUGCCCGAAGUUGUUGAUGCAGCUGAGGAGAUUGCAAGUGCUUCAUGUGAGAAGGAACAUAUUGUGAAAAGUACACCUGAUGCAUCUCAAUCUAGCCCAGCUGCAACUUCUAGAGAUAUUGAGGAUUUUGGUCGGUCUUUAAGGCCAAACACUUUUUUGCAUCAAAAUUUCUCUAUGCUAAAUCAAGUUCAGUCCAUGAGUAAUAUGGAGGUGAAUCCUAUUGAUCAAGAUAUCAAGAAAUUUAAUGUUUCAGAUGAUGUUGUGGAUAAACAGUUUGAUUCCAAGCAUGAACAACGGUCAUACGGAUACAAUAACCUGGUCGAAGAUGUUUCGGGUUGUAAUUCUUUAGUGCCAGGUGAUGGACGAGAAACUAAUGCAUCUUCUGAGGAGGUAGUCGGAUAUGGUCAGAAAAAUGCUUUUAAUGUUGCUAAUAGUAACAAAGUAACUUCUGUUAGAAGUGAUCAUUCUUUAAUAAAUCCUCAGAUGGCUCCGUCAUGGUUUGAGCAAUAUGGAACUUUUAAAAAUGGCAAGAUGUUGCCAAUGUAUGAUGGACACACAAUGACUCCAAAAAUUAUGGACCAGCCUUAUAUUGUGAAGAACCAAUCUGCUAGUUUGCAUCUUAGUAAUUCAAUGGAGCAAGUCAAUAGUCUCAAUGAUGCUGGUGAGCAUGGUCAUGCCAGGCUAAGUCCAAUGCCUACUUCAGUUGUGAAUGUACCUUCUCAGCUAUUGUCUCCUCAUACUGUUGAGCCUGAUUUGCAUGUUAUGAGACCAAAGAAGCGUAAAAGUGCUACUUCAGAGCUCAUGGCGUGGCAUAAAGAAUUGAAACAGGGUUCUGAAAGGCUUCAAGAUAUCAGGGAGGCAGAAUUAGACUGGGCCCAAGCUGCAAAUAGAUUGAUUGAGAAGGUUGAGGACGAAGCAGUGCUAGUCGAAGAUGUGCCAACAAUGAAGUCAAAAAGAAGACUUGUCUUGACAACACAGCUUAUGCAGCAACUACUUAACCCUCCGCCAACAUCAGUUCUCUGUGCAGAUGUCAAGUUGCAUCAUGAAAGUGUGGUUUACUCUGUUGCUAGAUUAGUGUUAGGAGAUGCUUGCAGUUCCGUCUCAUUGUGUGAAAGUGACACGCUAAUGCCACUGGCUAGCAAAAACCUCCCACCCAAUAAGCUUAAAUCAUCUGACAAAAUUGACCAGUACAUUUUGAAAGUGGAAGACUUUUCGGAUAGGGCAAGGAAGCUGGAAAAUGAUAUGUUGAGAUUGGAAAACAGAGCCUCAAUUUUGGACCUAAGAGUUGAGUGUCAAGAUUUAGAGAGAUUUUCUGUCAUCAAUCGAUUUGCCAAGUUCCAUGGACGGGGGCAAAAUGACGGAGCAGAGACUUCGUCGUCCUCUGAAGCAACUGCACAUACUCAAAAAUCAUAUCUCCAGAAAUAUGUUACUGCAGUUCCAAUGCCUAGAAAUCUCCCAGACAGGGUACAAUGUCUUUCACUUUGAUGAUUAAUUAAUUCAUUUUUCCAUCUUUCUUGGUCAGUUGUCUCUACAAUCUCCUGUUUUUGGCCCUUUUCUUUCAACUUAUAAUAUUGGACUUCAUCGCCAUAGAACCAUACAACUGGCAAUGUAGGAGAAGAAUGGUACUAGAUUGCCUCCUCAACCAAUGGAGGCUGUUAGAUCUUUCCAAUCUAUAUUUGUACCUAUGUAUGUAUGUUUAGAUCUUUGCAAUCUAGUUAUCUUUUACUUUUGGUUUCAGAUUUCAAGCCUUUUGUAUAUAGUAAGAUAAUAUAUGCAGUCUACGUAGUUUAACCAUACCAUUUUGCUCGAUUGUCUGAUUAAUUACCAUAAGCUGGUUGGUGUUUUUCUUUUUCCUUUGGAUAAAACAUAUGUUUAGUGUUUACUCAAGCAUUUCUAUUUUCUCAAUUCCCAAUCAUUUUCUUGUAUCUAUAAGAUGAUAUAUGUAGUCUACUUAGUUUCAACCA